UCUUCCGGGUGGGCGGUUGCGGAGCUCCGCGGUCUCCGUGUGGGGGUGUCUCUUUUCCUUUCCCUGCGGUGGAUUGUGAGCCAAGAACUGAGAACAAGGUGUUGACUCCAAAACAGGACAUUUUUAAAGACAUGCAAUUAAAGGAAAUGAAAUUCGAAAAACUCACAGGAGAUGUCCCUCAGGGACCUGAGUUUGAAGAAGGCAGUGAAUUUGAAGGCAGGCUAGAGAAACAGUCGAGAAAUACUGAAUUACUGGAGAAACCAAGUAAGACCUUUUCCCAAGAGAACAAUUGUAGACAAGUAACAGUUAUCCACAAUCCAUCUACUUUAGGAGGCAAAGCCCAAGAAUAUAAUGAAUUUGGGAAAAGCUUCAGUCCUGACUCCAACCUUGUUCCACAUCCAAGAAUUCCAAUAGGAGAAAAGUCUCAUCAGGGUGAUACAUGUGGCCAAAGCUUUAAACAGAAUUCAGAUUUAAUUAAACAUCAGAAAAUCCAUGCAUCGAAGAAACUUUUAAAAAGUAAUGAAUGUGGAAAGUCACUCAAAAAGAGCUCAGUUCUUGAAUAUCAGAAAGCUAAUGCUGUAUGGAAACCUUAUGAAUGUAUAGAAUGUGGGAAAACUUUUAGCCGGAGCGCAACUCUCCUGGAACAUCACAGCAUUCAUACAGGAGAGAAGCCUUAUGAGUGUAGUCAGUGUGGGAAAGCUUUCAGUCAUAGCUCUACCCUGAUUCAGCAUCAGAGAAUUCACACUGGAGAGAAACCUUAUGAGUGUAAUGAAUGUGGAAAAGCCUUUAGUCGGAGUUCAAACCUUAUUGAACAUCAUAAAACUCACACCAAAGAAAAACCUUAUGAAUGUAUAGAAUGUGGCAAAACCUUCAGCCGGAGCUCAAACCUUAUAGAUCAUCAGAGAAUUCACACUGGAGAGAAGCCACAUGAAUGUCAUGAUUGUGGAAAAGUUUUUAGUCAUAGCUCAACAUUAAUUCAACACCAGAGAAUUCACACUGGAGAGAAACCCUAUAAAUGUAAUGAAUGUGGCAAAGCCUUCAGCCGGAGCUCAUCCCUUAUUGAGCAUCAGAGAAUUCAUACUGGAGAAAAACCUUAUGUGUGUAAUGCAUGUGGGAAAGCCUUUAACCAGCGAUCAGGACUUCUUCAACAUCAGAGAAUUCAUACUAGAAAAUAAUCCUGUGAAUGUAAUGAAUGAGAUAGAAAGCUUUAGUCAGACUUAUAGUUUGGUAAAUUCACCAGUAAAUUCACAUGUUAUUACAACCUCAUAAAAAUUCUAAAUCACUCGAAGACAGAACCUGUCUGUCUAAAGCAUCUUGCUCAUUUAUAGAAACACAGAGACUCUUAAUAAAUAGUUUUUGUUUCGUUUGAUAAAUGGGAUGAUUGUAUGAAAGUUUUAACUUAGAGUUUAUCCUUUAUUCUCCAUCAGAAAUAUCAUAUCUGUCCAAUAUCUGUCCAAUAUCUCCCAUAGGACUUGGUAACUUACAAUUUGGAGGGAAAUGAGAGGGGAAAGGGCACUAUCAGCAG